UACCCCACAGGCACACAGCAGUCAAUACCCAGAAGACACCUUAGGAACAAAACCCGUCCGUCUUUUUUUUCCGCCUUUCAUGGAAGAGUAACUUUUUCACCAUUAUUAAACAGCAGAGAAGAGGAUCAGGGUUCGAUUACACCCUCACAGAAGCUCUUUGAUGCUUCUCAGCACUGUUUUUCUGUCUAUCUUAUUCUUUAGUUUCACGCCGCUCUCUCCUUGCUUUACCACACUGCUUUGAGAGAGAAUGUCAAAGGUGUGUUAUGGCGUUUAUAUUCUCUUAUGGAUGCUUUCCCUGGUGGAGUGUAAGAUUCCAGAAGUUCGAUUGACCUGCAUCUUCUCUGAGAGCUGCACGCUGCCCUGCUCUUUCACGCCCACUGACGCUCUUGUGAGCAUUCAGUGGUACCACCAGGAGUCGCUCAUAUUUAGUUUACAACAGGGAGGAGAGCAGCUCAGCAACGGCAACACGUGGUUGCAGGUCGAACACAUCUCCCAUGGCAACGCGACGCUGUUUCUGAAACGCGUGGUCGUGAAGAAUAAAGGACGAUACAAAUGUGUGGUCAACAAUGCGUCUCAGACGUAUGUUGUAGCAGCAGUGGAAGCUCCCAUCAGAAUGAUCUCCAUUGACACACACCCCUCUGGAGUAAUUCAGUGCUCUACCAAAGACGUCUACCCACCGCCAGAAGUACAUUGGACCGCAGAACCCAGUUUACCUUCAACUGCCCUGCAGCCGGUCACCCGUAUGUUUUCUGAUGGGAUGGGUCUCUUCACUGUUGAGAGCAUUGUAAAACAGAAUAAUAACAGCUUUGAUCAUAUGUUUGUUUGUAAUAUCACCUCCAAGUAUGGCACACAAAUGUGGACGGCCUCUUUACAGCUACAAGAAAUGACUGGCUCUGAAGGGCAAAACCUGGUAAUUCCAUGUAAAGCUCCCAAGAACCUUCAGUUCUCCACACUUGUCUGGACUUUCACAAACGCAAACAAAACCACAGAUGUCCUUAAGUAUGAUAGCCGGAACCAUAAAACCACCAGCUUCCAAGAUUAUGCAGAAAUAAAGGACGAGCGCGCAUUUAAAGGGGAUGGAUCCCUUACCCUGGAGAACUCUGUAGAUUCGGAUCAUUCUGGAAUCUAUACAUGUGUAUUCUCAGGGGAAACGACAAGACAUCUUAUAGAGACUAGUGUCGAUAUUAGACUUUCCAGGCAGAAGAAAGAGUCUGUCACAUAUAAUCUGUGGAUGUUGGGGAUUGUUGUAGGCUUACUGGCUCUUCUUGCAGUAAUUUUACUAAUAAAGAAAUACAGAGCUAAAUCAAAAAGGAGUCAAGAAAGAGCUCAGGGGGAUGAGGAGAUGCAAAGCAUGAACACAGCCAAAACAUCAGAAGAACCUAAGGCAGAAAACAAACUUAUGUCACAACCUUCAGGUAGUCGCAACUGACCAUGGCGAGAGGAGAGAAGAAUGUUGCGAGUGGAAGACCAAAGAUUUGUUUAACAAUAUCACAGUAUUUCUAUGCACUCUGAGUAUUUGUCAUGGGAUAACCAGAAAAAUGUUUAGAUGUGACUAAACAUUUCACAUAUUUUAAUGGUGCCUUAAUUUCUUCAUUAUUUUAUUCUAUAAAUGAAAAUGAUUUAAAAAGUUAUUUAUUAUUAUUAAAAUUUGUAUUUUUAAUACUUCCAUUUUAAUGUAUUUAGCGAUGAUAUACCGUAAUUAUUGUUAUACUGUGUACUAAAAUAACCCCGAGACAAUCACGUCAGUUUUUAUUGAGCUUCAAAUUCACGGUGUUCUUUUUGCCUGUUGUUUUAUUCUCUGGUUAAUUGCACUUGUUAACAUGGCCCAAACCAGUUCUGGUCACUAUAUGUCCACUCAUGCACCAGCUGGUUAAUGAUUGACCGCUUUAAUUGAUAUGUCCACAAGGGUCUUUCUCACACACACACUCAGAACACAUGCACAUACACGGGAGGUGAGAGAGAGAGAGAGAGAGGUUUUGGUGUCUUGGUAAAGUGAACUGCAAAUGUGGCAUAGUGUGUCCGUGAUGGAAGUGCUACAUCUAUAUGCUGCUUUUGUGCUUCUUAAGAGCUGUGCGUCUGGUAUACUCAUUACUAAAGGUAAGGACUUAUAUAUACAUAACACAUACUCACUUUUGAUACUUUUAAGUGUGACACAAUGUUAUCUUCUAACCAAAGAAAGGGGGGGAAAUCCUCUCUUGUGGGAAAAUUUGCACAUGCUGUUCAACAUUUAAGUUGUAGAAAUUUUGGCAUGCAAAAUUUGCUCAUGCAAGGUGUUAUUUAACCAGAAAAAGACUAAAUGUAUGUCUGUUGCGAAUUAUUUAAAUAAUGUUAUAUUAUUAUUAAUAAAAAACAAGAUAUUUUUUAGAUUUAA